UUCAUAUCUGGCCAGUUCUUGAACGAUAUUUGAUCUCUCCAGUAAUGCAGUGGCAUUAGGAUAUACCCAACUUCCUAAGUCAUGAUCUGGGUGGCAACCGAAGCACAAUAGGACAUUUCCCAAGAACUGAAGAUCUAUACGAGACCAUUUGAACGUGCUUAUUGAGAAGGUUACGAUCGAAAUCCAAUAUGGCGCGAGCUGCACAAGAUCUCUUGCUUGGCAAACUUGUAGGUUUUAUUGAGAACGAAGCAUCCACCAUAGCCGGUGUUGGCGAUAAAGUUGAUGAAAUUAGACAAGAGCUUGUACACAUGAUAGCCUUCCUUAAGGACGCUGAGGGAAAGAAAGCACAAACGGAGGGAGAUGAGACAUGGGUGGCAAGCAUAAGAGACUCUGUCUUUGACGUUGAAGAUAUCAUUGCUGAAUUCACAUAUCGCACCUAUCAGCAGCAACGUGAAGUUGGAGUUGCAAGGUUACUUCAUAUUCCAAAGAAUCUCUGGUAUAAGCGUAAAAUUGCUAGGAAAUUAGACAAAAUCAAAAGAACCAUUGAUGGUGUUUCAAAGAGAAAUAAGAGAUAUGGUGGUAGUGUUGUUGUCGCUCAAGAAGGAUCGAGUACUAAUUCUCAGAUUCGGGACCAAGCAGAGGCCUGUCUCUUUACUAAUGAAGACGAGCUUGUCGGGAUUGAAGCCCCCAAAGAACUAUUAAUGGAACAUCUAGUGAAUGGACCGCAGAGUCAAACCAUUUUCUCAGUGGUCGGGAUGGGAGGAUCUGGGAAAACCACUCUUGUUGCACAGAUCUUUAAGAAUGACAUUGUGAAGAGACAUUUCAGUUGCCAUGCAUGGGUUACAGUUUCUCAAACUUGUGAAAUUGAAGACUUAAGCUUAUUUAGAAGUUUGAUCAAGGAAUUCCACCAAUCAAGGGAGGAGGAGGUUCCAGGAGACAUUGAUAGCAUGAGCUAUAGAGAAUUGGUAAAGAUUCUAGAUGACUACUUGAACUCGAAAAGAUACCUAGUUGUGCUGGAUGAUGUAUGGAGUAUUGAAGUUUGGAAAAAAAUAAAGGUAUCACUUCAAGAUAGACAACUUGGAAGUCGAGUUGUACUGACCACUCGGAACAAGGAGAUAGCAAGAUAUGCUUUUGGAGUUCCAAGCCAUGUUCAUGAUAUUCAACCCCUGAAAGAGGAGAACGCUUGGGUACUAUUUAGCAAGAAGGCAUUUCAUACUCAUCCUAAUCAAUCUUGUCCACCUGGACUUCAGCGAUUUGCUCGGGAACUUGUGGGGAAGUGUAAUGGUCUUCCUUUGGCAAUUGAAGCUCUAAGUGGUCUUAUGUCAUCCAAAAACUCACAUUUGGAAUGGAGCCAUGUUUGCAACAGCUUAAAUUGGCACCUCACAAAUGAUCCUGAAUUGGACUAUAUGAGGACUAUUCUAUUGCUCAGCUUCAAUGACUUGUCAUACCAAUUGAAGCAUUGUUUCUUAUAUUGCUCUCUUUUUCCAGAAGAUUGUUUAAUGAAAAGAAAACGACUCAUUAGAUUGUGGAUAGCUGAAGGUUUCGUUCAACAUGUAAAAGGUGCAACACCGGAAGUGACUGCAGAUAGAUAUCUUUCGCAACUCUGCUUUCGUAGCAUGCUUCAAGUUGUGGAAAGGAACGUAACAGGAAGGCCAAAAGAAUGCAGGAUGCAUGAUCUUAUGCGUGAGGUUGCUCUUUCAACGUCCGAGAAAGAAAAGUUUGGUGUUGUGCAUGACGAGAAAGAAAAGUUUGGUGUUGUGUAUGAUGGGAAAGAUGAAGCAAUUGAAGCCCGCCGUUUGUCAAUUCAAUCUCAAGGAGAAAUUAUAUCCAGCACAGGUACAUCAAAGCUUCGAUCUAUUCUUGUCUUUAAAGAUACAAAGUUGUUGCCUUCUAAUUGCAAAUUUAUGAGGGUUCUAGACUUGGAGAAUAUGUCAAACACUAAAUUGCCAAAUGAUCUUGGGUACUUUUUCAACUUGAGAUAUUUGAAUUUGAGGGGAACUAAUAUUAAGAAGCUUCCAGAAUCCAUAGGAAAGCUACUUAACCUUCAAACCUUGAACAUCCGGCAAAGUGGGAUAGAGGAACUUCCAAAAGGAAUUUCCAAGUUGGUAAACCUGCGCCAUCUUAUCAUGUACAGUUACACUGGUGAUAGUCUGUGUUUCCAAUUCGUCAAAGGGACAAGAAUACCAGUGAAUGUUAGUAAGCUGAAUAAAUUGCAAGUUCUGUCAUGUGUUGAGGCAGAAGGAGACAUUAUCAAUCAGGUCAGUUCUAUGACCCAACUUGUAAGUAUUGGAAUUACUAAUGUGAAAGAAAGUGACGGGAUGAACCUGUGUAACACCAUUACAAAGUUGCAGCUCCUUCAAAGCUUGUGUCUAGUGGCAAUUAAUGAAGAAGAGGUUCUUCAAACAGAUGCAAUAUCUCAAUCACCUCCUCCACUACUACGAGUGGUUAGUUUGGCUGGCCGACUGCAGAAUGUACCACAAUGGUUUAAGCAGCCACUUCAGAGCCUUACCUGUCUGUAUCUGCAUUGGUCCAAACUUGAAGAAAAUUUGGUUCCUCACAUUGAAGCACUGCCCAAUCUGGAAAAGCUUAUUCUUGUUAAUGCAUAUGUCGGGAAACAGCUGUAUUUUCACAGAGGCUUUCUAAAGCUAAAGGAGCUGUAUUUGGCUAAUCAUCCUUUGUUGACAGAAAUAACUAUAAAGAAAGAUGUGAUGCCCUAUCUCCAUGAGUUGCAUGUUGAGCACUGCAUGUCUUUAAAGACGGUACCAGUGGGUCUUGAGCACCUUACUAAUCUUCAAAGAUUUAUAUUGAAGACGGUUCCAGAGAACAUUAUACAGCCCAUUCGGAAAGGAGGUGUGAAUCAUUCAAAGGUUCAAAACAUCCCUGAAAUCAUCCAUUUCUCAUCUGAGACGUCCUAUGAUAUAUGGUCCUAGCAUUUGUUUCUCCCCAUAGAAUCUAUUAAGUUCCAGACUCCAGGAAGAUUGAAGAGGACUUGGACCAUUGUAUCCCAUGUUCCAUGAAGAAUCCCUUUUCUAUGUGCAGCUGAAAGGAUUAAAACCUUAUUUCAUUUUUUUAUUGGAUAGUACAGAAGACUUUGACUGCUCUAUUGCAUUUGAUAUUAUUUGUGUGUGUUUGCAUGUAUAGAGUUGGAUGGAACAUGUCACUAUAAUUGGGGUGUGGCGCUCUUUUUCCUUGUAUCUGGGCAAGGUUUUUUGAUGAGAUCACUCUAUGAACC